CAAGAAUAACAUGGAAAGAUAAUGAGACGCGUGGUAGUGACAGGCCUCGGUGCCAUCACGCCCUUGGCCGUCGGCAUCCGUCCCACCUGGCGCCGGCUCUUGGACUCUCAUUCGGGCAUCGUCAGCGUCGCCGACCUCGAGCCCCAGGACAAAUGGAAAGAGCUCACCAGCACCGUGGCCGGCCUUGUUCCUACGCCUGCGAGGAACAAGCAGAAUGUUGACGAGCAGCACACUUGGAAGGCUGCGGACUGGUUGGAGCCUUCAGACCAGAGACGCAUGUCUCUCUUCGCCCAGUAUUCUGUCGCUGCUACCGAAAUGGCCCUGCAAGAUGCUGGGUGGAAGCCCACGAGGCAGGAAGACCUUGAAGCCACAGGUGUCUGCAUGGGAAGCGGAAUCGGUAACUUGGAUGACUUUUAUAACACCAGCGUCACGUAUGACAAAGAGGGCUACAAGAAGGUCUCCCCUCUCUUCGUCCCCAAGAUUCUUAUCAACCUCGGGGCUGGCCACAUCGCCAUGCGCUACGGUUUCCGUGGGCCCAACCACUCUGCCACCACCGCUUGUACCACCGGCGCUCACUCCAUCGGUGACGCCUCCCGCUUCAUUGCCUUUGGCGACGCUGAUGUCAUGGUCGCCGGCGGCUCCGAGUCCUGCAUUCACCCCUUAACUUUUGCUGGCUUUGGCCGGUCUCGCUCGCUGUCUACCGCAUACAACCACGAUCCGACAUCUGCCUGCCGACCCUUUGACAAGGACCGCGCCGGCUUCGUGGUAUCCGAGGGUGCUGCUGUCCUCAUUCUAGAGGAGCUGGAGCACGCCAAGAGGCGCGGCGCUAGGAUCUUGGCCGAGCUGAAGGGGUAUGGAUGCAGUGGUGAUGCACAUCACAUGACGGCGCCAAGGGCUGAUGGCUCAGGGGCAUUCCUGUCUAUGAAGAGGGCGCUCAUGAAUGCGAGUGUUAAGCCGGGGGAGGUGGACUAUAUCAAUGCCCAUGCCACGGGGACGGCUGUAGGAGAUGCGGCUGAGGCGAUUGCCAUUCGGUCGCUGAUGAUGGGUGAAGAAGGAGUGGACGACGAGUCAAGGAUUACGGUAAGCAGCACCAAGGGAGCGAUUGGUCAUCUUCUUGGGGCGGCGGGGGCCAUUGAAUCAGUGUUUUCAAUCUUGGCCAUUGCUGAGGGAGCCAUACCCCCCACUCUCAACUUGACCAGUCCCAAUGUCGGUGUUGGAUUCAACUUUGUCCCUGUUCAGGCGCAGCAAAAGGAAGUCAAGGUGGCCAUGUCCAACAGCUUUGGCUUCGGGGGCACCAAUGCUUCCUUGGUAUUUUCAAAGUUCGAGUAGCCAUCAUAUUUUCAGGGAGAUGCCGGGUGAAGGCUUCUUUGCCAAAGUUUGUCCUCCCACCUGUCUUUAUCCCUUUUCCUACCUACCGCAGACGCGCAUUAGGGGUGCAUUUUCCGCAUAGAAUUCCCACAGGACGGAUGAAGUUCACGCAUUGCAUAUAGAGUUGGUAAUAUCGCAAUACACAGUCAUCUCU